UCGUGUGUGUAUAAGGCUGCAACCUGGCUAAUGAGUGUGUUUCCCUGAGCAGGCCUGGAAACAGAAGAGUGGCAAGGUCAGACGGGCUCCAGACAAGCAGGGAUGCAGAACAGGACUGGUCUAAUUCUCUGUGCCCUCUCUCUCUUCACUGGCUUCCUGAUGAUCUGCUUGGGGGCCUUCUUCAUCUCCAACUCCAUAUUCUACUCUCCAAGGAACCUGGUCAUGGCCUAUGUACUUCUGCCUAUGGGGUUUGUGAUCCUUCUGAGUGGAAUUUUCUGGGCCACUUACCGCCAAGCAAAUGAAAACAAAGAGAUGUUCAACCAUGUGCUCAGACAGCACCUUGCUUCUCAGGACCUGUCCCUGGCCACAAUAGACAGACCCAACUUUUACCCUCCGGCUUACGAAGAAAGCCUGGAUGCUGAGAAGCAGGCCUAUCCUGCAGGCAGAGGGCUCCUGGAAUUUCCUCCUCCUCCAUACACAGCGACAAGCCUUGAACUUGAAGAUGAAAAUGAGCCACAACCAGAGGCCCCACCGCCCUACCAGGAGAGCAUGGCAGGUGCAGUGGCUACAGAGAAGGCCUGGGAUGCUGUGGACCAGGCACAGUGCUGAAGGCAGGGCCAGCUCUCCAGCACUCAGGACUCCCCAGCUGCUGAGGAGACGGCUGGCCAGGGACCAGGAAGCUGCUCUGUCGCCCUGCACUGGAGCAGGGCCACCAUGGGUUCAAGAGACUAGUGUUUCCAGGACAGCUUGGGGUCCUUGAAGGACAUAGCCAUCAGAAGGAAGUUGGUGUAGAGAAUUCCCACAAAGCCCAACCCAGGCAAACCUUAGACGGGAGAGAAGGCAUAUGGACUGGCCUUCCAACCCCCUCCUAACCCCAUGACCUCAACUCAAGCCUGGAGGUGCAUUUGCUGUUGGUGGGGACUGCCACAGCCCUUCACAUACUGUGUCCAAAGAAUCUCAAAGGGAAGACUGUGUGGGAAGUCUUAGAGUCACCCUACUGACCGUGCUACCUGAGGGACGCCAUAGCUCAGACAUAUCAUGGGAGGGGCACUAGGAACCGAGGAACGUUAUUUUGUAUCAUUUUAUUUUAAUUAUGUAUGGGUUUUUUUCUACGUGAAAGGGAAGAGGCUGCAAUAUUUGCUUUCCAAUGGUUCAAACACAAAAUGUUGAGUGACCUCUUAAAGAGGGUCUCAUGAAGGCACAGAGGGGUUCUUCAAGAUUAAAGUUGAGUAGACAGAAUACUAAAUUCAUGACCAGAUAAUCAAGGGUGAUGCUGAUAUAUAACUUCUUACAAAUCCUGUGAAGUUUAAAAAUAUAUGUAGCUUUCCAAGAUGUAACCCCCCCCUCAGAUUCAGAAUGUAAGAGAUAAAAAAACUGUUUCUAUCACCAGGAGGUAGGGGUGUGUGUGUGUGUGUGUGUGUGUGUGUGUGUGUGUGUGUGUGUGUGUGUGUAUAGAGAACUAAACUUUUGGACUUAAAAACCCCAAUGGUCCCUCCUGGGUUUUAUCUUCUUUGCGAGAGUUUUUAAGGUCAGAGAACAGGUUAGGAAGAAGGAUGGUGGCGGGACAGGUGGGCUGAGACUUUUGAAUGUGGAUGAGGAUGUCUAUAUCCUGGCCUCAAGUUCCUUCUCUACCAAGUGAAGCAUCAGUGUUCAGGUUGAUAUCUAACAGUCAUGGCAUGCCUCACACGUGAUGGGUAAGCUAGCCUUCCCAUCCAUGUUAUUUAGGCCCCAUCCUCUCUUUGAGAGGCGGGUGCUGUGGCCAUUCCUGUUUUAUGGAUGUGUCAACUGGGGCUUUGAGGAUUCAGGAAAUGUAUUCAGUGAGACAGUGGCCUCAAGGAAGGUGAAAAACCUGCAGGAACGUGAGGAGAGUGACUCACCUCACACUUUUGAGUUAGGCUGGCUAUGUCUUUCCUCUGUCCAGGACACAUCUUAGAUUUCUUACUCCAUGUCAAAAUGACCCCCAACAGAAAGCAACGUUCCCAGUCACUACUCUAUUGUCCAUCCUUGAAGAAGCAGCUGAGGUGACUUUAGGAUUAUUGGGCUUCUCGGUUAAAAUAUGCCAGCCUGUUUCCUGCCUGUGAAAUGGACCCUCACAGUGCAGUUUUCCUGCAUCCUAUGGAGGAUAGCCAUGAUGCUGGGUACAGAAGAGUCUUUAAAUACACAGGGGAAGGAUGACAUCUUUCAAGAAGAGAGCCAUCAAGGUGGAACUGGGUAUCCAUGGUCUCUGCUUCUCCACUGGUGUGGAAUGCACAGACUGUGAGUGUCCGAUAGAACAAAAGAUGCCAAAUGAACAAACCCCUAGUCCAUGAAGCACACCUUUAUGAAUCUCUGCUUUGAGUCCUUGGCAAUGAGCGAAUGACUAGAUAGGAAGGCCACUAAUGACUGUUAGCAGGAAGGUGACCAUUUAUUAACAAUGCAAUUCAUCAUUCCUUUCUUGUCAUCUCUUUUCAUCAUUCCCCUACCGAGCAUUUUUUCCUACUCGUCUGAAUGACCAGCAUUAUUGAACUUCUACCCAGAUUUGCACACAGAAUAGAUGGUUUGUCAACCACUCAGAUGAGCCAAUUUCGUUUGCAUACAUUGUGUUAAUCUCCUUAAGGAAAUAAAUUUUACAUUCAGA